AAUUAUAGAAAUAUGUGCCAAAGGAGAAGAGACCCGAAGAAACAAAACCACUCAACCGUUUGCCCAGCAUGAUGCCAAGCUAGCGCCAAUAAAUAAAUUUAAAAAAAAAAGAAACAAUAACAAUAAACAAAUACAAGAGAUGCCGAAAAAAAAUUAAAUUAACGCCAAUAAUAUGUUCUUGUUUACGUGGGAGUCUGUGUGUGUUCGAUAAAGUGUUUGUUUACGCUUCAGUUUUAGACAAUCGGACAAAUAAGCAAAAAGAAGUAGCCCAAUAUUGGCGCAAACAAGCCCUUGCCGAGAUUCGUGCGAUUUUUCGCCCCCGAUUGUGAGCUUUGUGGAAAGCGUAAAUGUAAAAAAAACACAGAAACCCAAAAAGCCGCCAGAACAGUGAGCGAGUCAUAAAAUAAACAUUCGAGGCUAAUCAGAUGGCCGGCUGGUUGGAGCGUUAAUUAGGCAUUCGAAAAGGGAGACAAAACAAGUGCUAUAACUGUAAGGGAUACGAUUCAAUCCGAUCAAAUAUUUAAAAAAACAAAAACCUAAGAAAUGCUUUUGAGCCGACGACGUUGUUGGCCGAAGCAAAAGAAGAAACAAAGUGCAAAAUAACAUUUUUUAAGAAUUGUUUUAAAAAAAUAGUUUUACUCGAGCAACACGAACUUAAGCAACAUGCAUCUUAGCAACAUCAGCCUUAGCAACAUGCUGCUAAUCAUCGGCAGCAUGCUGCUACUGGCAUCAAGUUCAAACGCCAAGGCCUACCACGAAUGCUCCAGCGUCGAUAUCCGUAAUAACUGCAGCAGACUGCAUCAACUGGACAAUUGUACGGUCGUCACCGGAUACGUAAUGAUCACCCUCAUCACCAAUCCCGAUGAAAACUGCUCAAACAGCAACUAUACGUUCCCUCUGCUCACCGAAAUCACCGAAUAUAUGAUCUUCACGGAUGUCCGGGGUCUGACCAAUAUAUCGGCGAUGUUUCCACGCCUGACUGUCAUUCGGGGUCGCAGAUUAUUUCUCAACUAUGCUUUGGGAGUGACCAGCAUGCCUGACCUCGAACUGUUGGCCUUUCCGGAAUUGGUGGCUAUUCAACGGGGCCACGUCUACAUCGGCAACUGCCCUAAGCUUUGCCACAUUGACGGGGUUAACUGGGAUUUGCUUACUCUCAGCCCAGGCGAGAACCACAUCAUGGCUGUGGGGAGCAACUGCAGCCAGCCCGUUUGCCGGGGAUGUGCCUCCUCCAGCUGCUGGUCUGACCAGCACUGUCACCGUUCCCUUAAUGACAACGUUGCCAACUACUCAAGAAGUAUCGAUUCAUGCCAUGAAGAGUGCUUGGGUGGCUGUACAAGUAAGAAAAAAUCUCCGGCGGAGUGUUCGGUAUGUCGAGGACUCAGCAAUGCAGGAGUCUGUGUGAAAACGUGUCCGGCUGACAAGUAUGUUCAUGAGGGCCAUCUGCGAUGCUACACCAAGGAGCAGUGCCUGGCCAAGCAGGAUCAUGUUAUUUACGCCUCACAGUGCGUGGCUUUCUGCCCCAGUGGAUACAAGGUGAACAAUGAAUCCGUGUGCAUCGCAUGUGAUCGCGAUGAGGCUUGCGUGAGUUUCUGCAAUCCCCAGAUAGGAAACACCUUCAAUAUAUACAGCCUGGGCGAAGCGGAAAAGCUGCGCGGAUGUCAGAUCUUCAACGGCAGUGUGGUAAUCACAAUCCGUAAUCUUAUAAACGAGUCCCAGUUGAUUCACAGUUUUAGCGGCAUUCGAGAGAUUCGGGGAUAUCUCAAAGUCUUCCGGUCCUCCCAGCUAACCAGUCUGAAAUUUCUGAGCAAUUUGGAGAGGAUUCAUGGCGAUCCUAUGGAGCAUAACUAUUUUUCUCUUAUCCUUUAUGACAACAAGAAGCUGACUGAACUGUGGAAGCCCACCCAGAAGCUGGAGCUUAUGAAGGGUGGCAUGUACAUUCAUCGGAAUAACAAGUUAUGUAACCCACGGAUGCGGGAGUUUCAGAAUUUUGUGACCCACGACAGGGACUUGGAUUCGUUGCAGACCAGCGAUCAGGAAGUAAUGUGCAGCCCGGCAAAGAUGCAAUUAUUUGUGCAGAAAUGCACCCACAAAACAGUGCUACUAAGUUGGCUAAAAACCCAGACUAGCCAAAAGAUCGAGUUCGUUUAUCGUCCGAUGGCGCCAGGAAUGUUGUAUCACGACGAUAGUGAACUGGAGGCGCCUGUGUGCACCCGGAUUAACUGGGAACGCCGCCUGCUCUUUCGCGAUGAACUGACCGGAAACGGAACACAUUAUGAGAUCCUUUUAGAUGAUUUAGAGCCCGAUACCCGUUACGCCUGCCUGCUUCGCACCUUUGGAGAGGAUGUGACGCACGAUGCGCGCAGUGACUUGACCUAUGUUCAGACCAAUAGGGACAUUCCCAAACAGCCAAUCCUGGAACUGGUCAACAAGACCGACAGUACGCUUACAGUCCGAAUGGAGAGCCAUGAUCAUGAUUACUUUUUUCUGACGUGGAUGGAGAUGAACGACGACAGGAAUUAUAUAGAGCAGCGUAACUAUUGCCACCAACCGGUCAUGUGGCAGGACGUGGAAGGAGCCCAAUGGUCUCAGGACUACGACGACUGUUGUGCUCACAAGGCGGAACAGGAAGAUGAUCAACGCUUUAUCUCCGAAAUGCGCAACGAAUACCGCUGCAGCCUCGACAAUCCUCAGCAGUGUCGCAAUCAGAUGGAGGGGACACAGCUUCGCUUGCCGGCCCAUACUACUGAGUACAAGCUAAAACCACUUCAACGCUACCAUCUCUACGUUGUUCAGCUUCAGGCCUGUAACGACCUGGGCUGCAGUACCCAUACAGCGCUCUAUGAACGCACCAACUACACUGUGGGCGCGGAUUUACUACCGCAGCUGCACGGAUGCCAUCAUCCGGAGACGCAAAAAUAUAUCAUUCGCUUUGAUGAACCGAAACAGCCCAACGGAAUGGUUCUAUACUAUGUGAUACACUUCCGGAACAACUACAAGCAGACUCACGUGGGCUGUCUGACUCGUAAGGAUCGCACCAGUGCCGGUUAUACAUAUGUGAGGCAGCUGAAUGUCACAUUCCAGGAAUACGCCGUGCGAGUUUACUCCUUGGCUGGUGACGUGAUGAAGCCAUUCGUUCCCUUUACUAUUUGCUCUGAAGAGGAGCGUCAGCAGGCACACAGUCGAGCGGCCAAGGAACUGGCCCCACCGGAAAUUUCCGAGUCUGUGGCCGUAGCUUCCUCUCACCCUCACGGCGUCAGCAUCUUCCUUAUUUGCUUCCUGUUCGGUUGCAGCCUUUCGAUAGCUUGGGUUCUGUACAAGCGUCGUUGCUGGCGGAAACUGCCCGGACUGAGACGCUACAUUCCAGUACGAGAGCAGUGGCUACGAGAACGCCAGCAGGCGGAGGACCGUGAAAUUCUGGUCGACGGUUUUGAAACGGUUCGCUUCCAGAACAACCUUCAAAGCCCCGAUGGUCAUCCAAUGUAAACCUUAAUAAAAGCGAACUUACCCGUA